GCGCAUGCGCACAUGGCGUGUCAGGUUGAACGGACAUGCGUACAACGUGUGAGCAGUUAUGCGCAUGCGCAGAUCGCAUGUGGCGCAGACGGAGUGGGGCGGAGUCACAGAGCAGCGAGUCACGUAUCUUAAGUCGGAUAUCAGCGGACAUUAGUGUGAUGGAUAUGAGCAGCAGUGAGUGUUUUGGGUGUGGUCGCUCAGGACACUGGGUGAAGAACUGCCCCAAUGCAGGGCGUGGCCGUGGGCGGGGCAGAGGGCGAGGGAAAGGUGAGGACCACACAGGUCACCAACACCCUGAACAUGACGACACAUUACUCAUGUGCUCAGUAUGUGUGUGUGUUUAUUCUGCAGAUCUGUUCUGUUACCGCUGCGGUGAGCAGGGACACAUUGCUCGUGACUGUGAACAGACUGAGGACGCUUGUUAUAACUGUCACCGGAGUGGUCAUAUCUCUCGGGACUGUAAGGAGCCUAAGAAGGAGCGUGAGCAGUGCUGCUAUAACUGCGGUAAGGCCGGACACGUGGCCCGUGACUGCGAUCACGCCAACGAGCAGAAGUGUUACUCCUGCGGUGGAUUCGGACACAUCCAGAAACUGUGUGACAAAGUCAAGUGCUACCGGUGUGGUGAGAUCGGUCACGUGGCGGUGCAGUGCAGUAAGGCGAGCGAGGUGAACUGCUAUAACUGUGGGAAGACGGGUCACCUGGCACGGGAGUGCACCAUCGAGGCCUCGGCGUAAACGCGCCCCCACCCCUCUUCAUCGGCCCCUCCUUUUUCACGUUGAUGGUUGUAUUUUUUUCUGGGUUUCCUCUUGAUUGGUUAAAGGUGGGCAGACGGAGGCUUGUCCCGGUCCGCGAGCUGCUCGACAUGUUUAAAGAAAAAAAGGUUUAAGCAAGAAAAGGGGUUUAAAAAUCUUUCUGCAUUCAGUAUCAGAUGUGUGUUUAGUUCCGGUAGAGGUGUUGUGUAAUAAUGCUUUGUUUAAAACCCCUGGGCCGCGCCCGCCGACGUGCGGAACGCGGCGUGUUCACGUGGGACCUCACGGCAUUCGCUCGCUUCACGUGAGCUCUGUAGAGACGGCAGACGGGAAAGCCUCGACGUCUGCGUACGGAUUUAUUAUUUUUUGUUUGGAAUAAAAUCGGAGGGAAAUAAUGAGUUUGCUUUAAGAGUGUGACGGUGAUAAUGUGCACAAACACAGAACUCCAUCUUAAUCUGGACACACACACACACACACACACAUGUUUGAGGAAAUGUUCUAUUAAUCAUCGUAAAUCUGAAACAGAAAAUCUCUCAUUUUUCUUUUACUUUUAUUAUAAAUUCUGAUGAUUUUUUUUUUUUGCUCAUAAACGCCUAAAGCUUCCAAACAAACGGUCGUUUCUAUCUUAAAUUAUCGAGACCAAUAAGCUUGUGUGGAUUUCACUAAUUUGCAAAAGGAGAAUGUUUUCACAGAAAUCAAAUAUUAUUUUUGUACACUAUCACUUGGACUACUGUAUAAAAUCAUUUUGCUUGUAAUCUGUUUUUAAGUCAGAAGGGAAAGUUGCAGCUGAAGUCCUUUAAACAUAAAAAAAAUGUAAUUUUAAACUAUCAAUAAAGCUGGAGGAGGAUCGGGA